AUGCGAUUCACUGCCUUUCUGCUGCCCAUCGUUCUCGGUGCUGUAUCAGCUGGUCCCUGUCGACCUUCUAGCGCCGAGAGCAGCGCUGAAACCACGGAACUUGGCAGUGUGACCACAACCGAUCUGUUCCAAACUAUCACCGCGACUCUGUCAACCGACGAUGCAGCCACUGCUGUGCCUACAACUGAGAUCGAAUCAGCAUCAACGACGACACACAUAAUCGAGUCUACGACAGAAUCAGCCGCCGCUACUUCAUCCACGACUGCUGCUUCUCGCCAAUGCAUUGCACCAGCCUCCUUGCAAUGCUGCCAGAGUGUUGGAAAAGCGAACGAUGGCCCGGUUGGCCUGAUUCUUGGGCUGCUUGGUAUUGUUAUUAAGGACCUGAGCAUUCCAAUUGGAUUAACAUGCUCAUCUAUUCCAAACGCUGAAGCUUGUGUUGCCAACCGCACCCCAGUUUGCUGCAGUGACAACAGCCAUGGCGGCCUAAUUGCUAUUGGCUGUACACCAUUUUAG